AUGCAUAUACCAAGUCUAGUUCCUAGACAUCUGAAGACUUGUACACAAACUAAUACGAUUUUCUUCAUCAUCUUGUUCUCCACAGAGCUAUGCAGCGCUCAGCAGGAACCGAGACUGCAGAUCUAUCCGACACAGGAAGUGCAACGCAAGCCCGUUGGCAAGUCGCUGAUAUUGACCUGUCGCCCGAAUGUGCCGGACCAGGCCCUGGUUACCGAUCUACAAUGGAAGGACAAUAUGAACAAUACCAUUUUGCCCAAGCCGAGCAAUUAUGAUCCACUCUAUGAUUCCAAGGGCAAUAAAAAGAAUGUCACGGGACGCAACCAUCCGCCCAUGUACACGGAGACGCUGCCCGGCGAAAGUUUGGGCCUGAUGAUUACCGCGCUCACCAGCGAAAUGGGCGGCAAAUAUUAUUGCACGGCUUCAUAUGCUAAUACCGAAAUACUCCAAACAAGCGUUACGAUUAAAACUUAUGUGGCCAUUACCUGGACAAAUGCGCCAGAGAAUCAAUUCCCAAUACUCGGCUCCGACUAUGUGGUGAAGUGCGAGGUGAAAGCCGAUCCCAAUCCAACCAUUGACUGGCUGCGCAACGGCGACCCGAUACGCACAGAUGCCAAGUACGUGGUGCAGACACAUGGCCUGUUGAUACGCAACGUGGCCGAGACCGACGAUGGCAUCUACACCUGCCGUGCCGCAGUCAUUGAGACUGGCGAGCUGCUGGAGCGCACCAUACGCGUCGAGGUCUACAUUGCCCCGGUGAUUACCCAUCUGCCGGCCCAGCUGGAGGCCGUCGAGGGCAAGCCGUUUGCUGCCAAUUGUACGGCCAUUGGUAAGCCGGUGCCGGAAAUCAGCUGGAUCAAGCAGUCGGAGCAGCUGAAUGUGGCGACGGCCGACCGCUUCACGGUGAACGCCCAGACGGGCCUGAUGACCAUCAGUUCGGUUACCCAGGAGGACUACGACACAUACACGUGCAUAGCCAGGAACGGUGCCGGCGUCGUCGAUCAGAAGACCAAAUUGAAUGUCCUGGUGCGCCCCUCCAUCUACGAGCUGUACAAUGUGACGGGCGUUAGUGGCAAGGAAAUUGCCAUCACUUGCCGCUCCAAGGGACGUCCAGCACCGGCCAUCAGCUUCCGUCGCUGGGGCACCGAGCAGCAGUACACGCCCGGCAUACAGAUGGACGACGAGCGCAUUACCCUCGAGCAAUACUUCGAUGAGGAGCGCGGCGAGAGUACGGGCACACUGCGCAUUGCUCGCUCCCAGCGCACCGACGACGGCCUCUACCAGUGCAUUGCGACGAACAAGGGCGAUACGGCCUUUAAGACGGGACACAUUGCCAUAGAGUUCGCACCGGACUUUUCGCACAUGAAGGAGCUGCCGCCAGUGUUCAGCUGGGAGCAGCGCAUAGCCAAUCUGAGCUGCCUGGCCAUGGGCAUACCGAACGCCACCAUCGAAUGGCGCUGGAAUGGACGCAACAUCAAGGACCUGUACGACACGAACCUCAAAAUCGAAGGCACCGGCCCGCGCAGCGAUCUCAUUGUGCAUCCGGUGACGCGUCAGUAUUAUUCGGCCUACAAGUGCAUUGCGACCAACAUUCAUGGCACCGCCGAGCACGACAUGCAGCUGAAGGAGGCGCGCGUGCCGGACUUUGUGGCAGCUGCGGUGCCACGCCAGCUGACCGCAACGACCAUAACCUUUGACAUCCGCGGCCCGCCCACCGAGCUUGGCCUGCCCAUUCUCGCGUACAGCGUGCAGUACAAGGAGGUCAACAAUCCGGAUUGGUCGACAGCCCUGAAUCGCAGCUGGUCACCCGACUCGCCCUAUAUUGUUGAGGGACUACGCCCACAGACGAUGUACAGCUUCCGUUUUGCGGCACGCAAUCAGGUCGGCCUGGGCAACUGGGGCGUCAAUCAGCAGCAGUCGACGCCGCGUCGCUCGGCACCCGAGGAGCCGAAGCCCCUGCACAGACCCGAGCAGAACGAUAAGGAAGAGCCGGUGGUAGUGUCGCCCUAUUCCGAUCACUUUGAGCUGCGCUGGGGUGUGCCCGCCGACAACGGCGAGCCCAUCGACCGCUACCAGAUCAAGUACUGUCCGGGCGUUAAGAUGGCUGGCACCUGGCAUGAGCUUGAGGAUCGCUGCAAUACGGUCGAGGUGGUCGAGACCACAUCGUACCAGAUGACCGAUCUGAGUGGCAAUACGUAUUAUCGCAUCGAGCUGAAGGCGCACAAUGCCAUUGGCUAUUCGUCGCCGGCAUCGAUCAUUAUGAAAACGACACGAGGCAACGAUGUCAUUCAGGUAGCCGAACGCCAGGUGCUCUCCUCGGCGGCCAUCGUUGGCAUCGCCGUGGGCGGCGUCCUCCUGCUGCUGUUCAUAGUGGAUCUGCUGUGCUGCAUAACGGUGCAUAUGGGCGUGAUGGCCGCGAUGUGCCGCAAGGCCAAGCGCUCGCCCUCGGAGAUCGACGACGAGGCAAAGCUGGGCAGUCUUUAUGGUUGGCGUUUCCCGCUACCUUAUUGCAGUGGACAGCUGGUUAAGGAGCCGCCGCCAUCACCGUUGCCACUGCCGCCGCCAGUUAAGCUCGGCGGCUCACCAGUGACAUCUCCAUUGGACGAAAAGGAGCCUCUGCGCACGCCCACCGGCAGCUUGAAACAGAACUCAACCAUUGAGUUCGAUGGACGUUUCGUGCACUCGCGCAGCGGCGAAAUCAUUGGCAAAAACUCAGCCGUUUAAGCGCGAUGAAGUGGGGAAACGGGAUGAAAGAAUAGAGAUGAUGUGCACAAAACUUGCAACUGAGAAAAGUAUUGAACAAACAAACAACAAAUAAUCGAGAAGAAGAAGCAGCAGCAACUCAACACAUAACUCACCUAUAUAUAUAUACCUACAAUAUAUAUGUAUUUACCUGUCGUCUAGCCCACACACACACACACACAUAUAGGAAAACAGACAAGAAUUUGAAGCCAAAGCUGUGGGAACACCUUUUUAUUGUAUGAUUCUACGAGUUGAUGUUUAGUUUCCUUAAGUUCUAUCUUAACUAAAUGUCUUAACUAUAUAUACACACACACAAACAUACAUAUAUAUAUAUAUACAUAUACGAUAUCUGAAUAGUAUUUUAAGCUCUGUACACAUCGCAUUCGAUCAUGUUGCUUCAACUUAGCAUAUUCAUACACUCGCUGCAAUUAGCUUAAAUUCUUUUUCAGACUGGACAACAAUUGAGAGAAUACAUAUACCCACAACCACACACACACACACACGCACACACACACAUUUUUAGCUUAAGAAACUUAAAUUAAUGCCUUACAAAAAGAAAAUGAGAAAAACAAAAAUCUAAUAUUAGUUUAACUAACUUAAACAUGCCAUAAAUAAGUUUAAACAUUAAGUUCAAGCAUAUGCAUAUACCACACACACCCUCACACACACACACACACAACGUCAUCAAAAAUUUCGUAGUACUUAAAACCACUGAAGAAAAGACUUUUACUUCACACAUGACAACUUAUUG